UUCAGUUUUGCUAUCAUUUCGCCGUUACCUCAAACUCGACAUCAGUUUGUUCCAUACACUCCUUUUAUCUUUUUAAGAAACAGUUGCAAUCUGAUUACUAAUUGUUUUCAAAGGUUGGUUGUAUAUUUUGAACGUAAUUUAGUAAGAAUAUCAACCUAGAAAUUCUAACUGUGCGAUAUAAUGUCUAACAACGAAGAGUUGGUGAAAAAGUUUGCCGAUGUGACAGGAGUUUCGGAAGCCAGAGCCAAGUUUUAUUUGGAAGCUGCUAACCAAGAGUUGCAGGUCGCAUUAUCUAGCUUCUAUGAAGGUGAUAAUGACAAUAACCCGGGUGACGAUGCCGCAGUUCCUGUGGAUGAUGACUCGGACGAUAACAAUAUGCCCAAUGAUGCAAUUCAGUUUUCUCGUUCGGAUGCCAAAUCUAAAACUAAAAAGCCUCCGCAAUCAUCUAAUAUUACAACACUGUUCAAUAUGAACGAAUCCUCGUCGGAUGAUGACGAUGAGCAAGGCCAGGCAUUCUACGCUGGAGGAUCUGAACGUUCCGGACAGCAGGUUCUCGGGCCCCCGAAAAAGAAUCCCAUCAAGGACUACGUGUCUGAGAUAUUUCGUUCGGCACAGCAGGGCAAUUUGGAAACAUUCGAUGCGGACACUAGUCCUAGCUCCAGCUCGUCGUUGUAUGUUGGCACGGGAUACAGACUUGGGCAAACAGACAAUGAUCAUCAGGCGAUUCCAGACAGAAAUCGGGCCUCAGGAAGUGGAACUGAUCAUAGCCACGAAGUUGUAACAUUGACUCUGUGGCGACAGGGCUUUUCUAUCAACGAUGGAGAGCUGCGCCGUUACGAGGAUCCUGGCAACAAAGAGUUUUUUGAGUCCAUAAUGCGCGGAGAGAUACCCGCCGAGUUACGGUCCAGAGGACCUGCGAUGAUUAACCUGGAUUUGAAGGACAACCGUCACGAGGAUUACGAGAAACGUUCCACGCCGUUUAAGGCAUUUGCAGGAAGCGGUCAAACACUGGGCAGUCCGGCACCCAAUGUGGUACAGACUACUUCAGUCGUUGCUAAUUCAGGCAGCAAUGAAGAAAACGAGAAGAACGCUGCAUCGGAGCUGGCUACAGAUGAAAGUCAACCCAUGACUACUUUGCAGAUUCGACUGGCAGAUGGGUCACGCUUAUCGGCACGUUUUAAUCAAAGUCACACCGUUGAAAACGUUCGUCGUUAUGUUACGAGGGCACGACCACAAUAUGCGGCGCAGAAUUUUGCUCUGUUGACCACAUUUCCCAGCAAGGAACUUUCUGAUGGAUCCCAAACAUUGAAGGACGCGGGAUUGUUAAACGCGGCUAUAAUGCAGCGAUUGAAGUAGUGCCCCCAAAGUUAAAUAAUUGAAAAUUGGCCAAUGCUGUAGUAUAUUACUGAAAAGCCAACAUUCAGAGGUUCCUCCUCUCUGUGAAACAAUAUGCGUUUCUUUUUCGUGCAGGCACCUUUGAAAUUUUACGUACGAUUUGCGUCAUUAGCUCGAUAUGUAUAAAUUUAUUCUUUGGAUAUUGGAAUUCAUUGUUUCGGAUUUUUUUCUUGAAUUCGUGAAGUAGAGAGAAAUAAACUUACUUAUAAUAAA